AUGUUCGGAAUUACUUCGAGGAUGAUGUUAUGUGGAGAGAAAAUAAGUGAUUAUGAUAUGAUCGAGAAAACUCUCUCCACGUUCCAUCCUGAAAAUGUAAUCCUGCAGCAACAGUACCGGGUGAAUGGAUAUACCCGUUACUCGGAGUUGAUGCAAGUCCUCCUUGUAGCGGAGCAGAAUAAUCAACUCGUGACUUUAAACCAUCAAGCUCGUCCCACUGGAUCUGCUCCAUUCCCUGAAGCGAAUGUUGCAUCAUCCAGUUAUGAUAAUAGAAGAGGACGAUGUCGUGGACGUGGUGGAAACCGUUAUCAUGGUCGUGGAAGAGGACGAGGAAGAAGAUUCCAUCCCUAUGAUGAAAGAAAUAAUAAAGACUUCCACGAAAAUGAAAGGAAUGAAAAGGGCCAGGAUGAUAAAAGGAAAACAAGAAAGGUUUGCUACAGAUGCGGCAUGAAAGGUCAUUUGGUACGUAACUGUCGUACGCCAAAACAUUUAGCCGAUCUGUAUAGAGAAUCCCAAAAGGGAAAAGAGAAAGGAAGAGGUGAAACAAACUUCAUCUCUGAUGAACCUGAGCCAUCCUUUCAUGGUUUGAACGAUGAUACUCAUCUCGACGUAUCAGACUUUCUGGUUGAGCCAGAGAGUAUCGAUGAGUGA